AUAAAAUAAUAAUGUAUGCACUAACUAAAGUCGCUCUGGAUAAGAGCGUCUAAAUGACUAAACUGUAAACGUAUGAGAUGCAAAUCACGUCUUGACCAAAACUCCAUUUGCCUGCUGGCGGUAGGAAUUUCUAGCCUUGGGUGAGGAAGGCAGCAGAUAGCGGGAGGACAUGUUUUACUAUCUGGCCAGUCAUAACCAUUUAUCAAGUUCCAUCUCUUUUGAGAAAAUGGUUUUGGCCAAUAGGGAAAAGGAAACAACACUGACUGGAUCAUUUCAACCAAUCACCACCUCACAUCGGCUUCUAAAUUUUUACGGGUUGGCUUUCAUUUGAAUGAAAGCGUAACCCUCAAAUCCAUUAAUUCAUUUGAGGCUAGAGACGUUUGAGAGGAGCGUCCAAUUAGUUUUCUUUAUUUUUCUUUUAGCCACUGGACUGGCAUGUAUGACAAAAACACUGGUACUAAACCAAAGUUAUCGAUCUGUUUUAGGCAAUCAAUUUUGAGAGAUCGGGAUGACUAUAAACUUUAAUACUAACAUCACCAAUCUGAGGUUUCCUGUAAUUAUUGUGUGGUGAAAACUUUAGUCUGUGUAAUGUAGUAACACACUCUGUCUACCAUAGAGAAAUCAGCGUAAUAUAACAUAAUUAAACAUGUUAAAGUAAUUCAAUAGUUUUAUAUAUGAUGGUAAAUGUAGCACACACACAUUUUUACAACAAUUACAUCUAUUUCUUCCUACUUUAACCAUGUUUAAAAAUGCUCCUAAGCACAAUGUUAAAUAGGGUGUGCAGCAGGGCUGAAUGUUUGACGUCCCUACAAAGAAGUCAAGUGUUGCUGUUUCUUUCUAUAGAUCUCGUUAUUGGAGUUAAACUUCUUACCUACAAGUGGGACCAAGCUCACCAAACAGCAGCUUAUUUUAGCUCGUGAUGUUCUGGAGAUCGGAGCUCUGUGGGCUGUCCUGAAGAAGGACAUCCCCUCCUUUGAGAGAUACAUGUCCCAGCUUAAAUGCUACUACUUUGAUUACAAGGAUGAUUUGCCAGAGUCGGCCUACAUGCUGCUGGGUCUGAACCUGCUCUUCCUGCUGUCCCAGAACCGUGUGUCAGAGUUCCACACAGAGCUGGAGAGACUGACUGCUAAAGACAUCCAGACCAACGUAUACAUCCGACACCCCGUCUCCCUAGAGCAGUACCUGAUGGAAGGAAGUUACAACAAGGUGUCUCUGGCCAAAGGUAACAUCCCUGCUGAGAGCUACACCUUCUUCAUAGAUAUUCUGCUAGACACCAUCCGUGAUGAGAUUGCUGGGUGCAUAGAGAAGGCGUAUGAACAGAUCCAGUUCAACGAAGCUACCAGAGUGCUCUUCUCCUCCCCAAACAACAUGACAGAGUAUGCCAAGAAGCGGGGCUGGACCCAGAACCCAGGUGGUUACUACUCAUUCAGUAGCCAACAGCAGAGGACAGGGGAAGUCAACAUCCCCUCCACCGAGCUGGCUAUGCAGGUCAUCGAGUACGCACGGCAGCUGGAGAUGAUUGUCUAGAACGGUGGUUCACUGUACCACCAACUGAAUUUAGCUCUGA